UCAUAUGCCAUUCACCAUAAAUUCCGCCUAUUGUUCUAUGCAAUUUUUUCAUCAAACGCAAUGGUCACUAUAAUUACGAGAAUUUUUUUUUCCAAGGGGCAAAGCAAUGCUCAAAGAAUUGCAGAUGAAUAAAUACCAGCCAGUUCACAAUAACAAACUAUAGCAACCGAAUAUAUAUGGGGAUAGGAGCAACGACAAAUAAACAAACUAAUAAAUAGAACACAUACUGUUAGUCAGAAUUUUUGCUUUGGAUUAUUGGUACAUGGAUCAUGAGAAUUUUAAAAUAAAGUGAAUGACAGGGCACAAAACAAGAACAUAGAACCAGAUUGAAAUUUCCCAUAAUCCAGAAAUUUUAAUAAAACAAAAAGAUGUGUUCGGUGUCAUUUGAAAUGGGAGAUAAGAACAAAAGUAUAAUAAUUGGGUUUUUGUUAUAAAUCAUGUGUAUAGUGAUUAUGAAACCAAAAAUUACUUUGAAAUUGAAAAUUGUGGAAUGUCUAUAACAAAAACACAAGUAAGGUCUUCGAUAGCAAAAGGUUCCAAUGUAAAUGACGGUAAUAAUGAACGAAGUACUCUGGAUUCGCCAGUGGCCAAUAUGGCCAGAAAUAAGCCGAAUACAAAAACGCAAACGGUAGCGUUGGAUGGAAUUAUUUUACAAACCGAAAACUUGCCAAAGAAAUUACACAAACAAAAGUCGAAAAUAGUGUCGACUGCAGUAGGAAAUGUCUCAGAGAAACAAACACAAAAACGCACAAACUCCACCAUGGCUACCAUAGCAGCCAUAGCUUCGGUUCCAAUAUUAGCCGGCCAUGUCCCAACAACUGUCAUAUCGAAUAUUAGCAAUAAUAAAAAUGUACUACCUCAAAACACUGCAACAAUAACGACCACAACAAAUUUGCUGAAAAUAGAACCCUUUGUUCCUAGUCUAAAUACCACACGUCCUUCUUACAAUAACAACAAUACUAAUAAGAUUAUUAGGCGUUCUUAUAGUACUUUAUCUACAACAGCCCUCAAGAAACGGCUGAAUACGAAUUUAGCCAUUAACUUGGGAGUAGCUGCAAAUCACAAUGGCACUAAUGUUGGUGGUGCUGUGAAAUCGACUCCUGCCUCCAAUUCACCUUUACCGAAAAUGUUAAAGACAAAAGCCGCCCAACAUUUACCCCAAAAUGUGCGCAGAAGACCACCAGUUCGUGGAAAUAUAAAUCGUCAAAGAUCUAAAUCAACAUCCUCUUCGAAUUCGGCAUCCAAUCGCCCCAAUACAUCAUUGGCUAUGGUAACAGCAACAACACCCAGCAUGGGUACACCCACCUGCGCCACGCCAAACAGUGCGAUUGUCAUACCACAGCCGAAUGGCAUUUGCCGCAUACAACGUAAUCCCAAAGACCAGGAAAAGCUGCCGGAUCGCAUUAAUUAUGAUAAACGGGGACUAACCGCAAUUCCCAUAUUUGAAAAUGAGCCAAAUUUACGUUUGUUGUCGCUGCAGCAUAAUCUCAUCAAUACAUUUCACAUACCCAAGGAGGAAGUUAAAUUGUUCACAGAAGCGAAGGAAAACCAACAGCAGCAGCAGCAAUUGAAUACCCACUUUCCAAUAAGCCAUAAUAAAUUUAGUUUUCCUCCAAAUUCACCUAAUCAUGAGCAGCAGGCCAAUGCUUCACAUAGCCGGCCAUAUGCACCGCCUUCAUCUCCUUUGACCGUAAGCAAUUUAAGUAACGCUCAUGGGGGUGGCACUGCAAUCUCCUAUACGCCGCUGCCAAGAAAUGCAUUACUGCAACGCUCCAUAAAUUUGAAUCAAUUACAUUUACAACAGCCAGCUUCCAACCAGCAGUUAUCUUGCGACACCGCCAUGCGUUUUUCCAUGCGCAAGUCAAAAAGUUUUGUCAACAAUUUCCAAUUGCAAUAUCAACUUAACAAGCGCGGCCUUAAACCUCAACGCUCAAAUCUUCUUAAAAGACUGGAAAAUUCCGGAAAUUUAAUGAGCAUUGAUUCCACGUCUUCGGCCAUUAGUACUAUGACAGUGACUACAACGGCCACCACUGACAGCUCAUAUCCAACAAAUUCGGAUGGCAUCACUCACGACGCCGGAGAGCGAAGUGUGGAAAUCACAGGCACCGAGUUGGAGAUCAAAAAUAAACAAUUGCUCAUUAGUUACGGCAAUAUUUUUAAAAAUUUAGUUUUUCUCGAUUUGUAUGACAAUCAAAUUGAGCGUAUCUCCAAUUUGGAUGGCCUCGGUUCCCUGAGUGUUUUGCUUUUGGGCAAAAAUCGCAUAUCAGACAUUUCCGGUUUGAGUUCCUUGAAAUCGACGCUGAGAGUUUUAGAUUUGCAUGGCAAUAAAAUCUGUUCCAUUGCCAAUAAAAUCAACUGCCUCAAGGAACUCAAGUCGCUGAAUUUAGCCGGUAACCAAAUACGUCAAAUCAAUCAUAACGACUUUUUGGGUCUGGCCAAUCUCAAGGAGCUGAAUUUGAAACGUAACAAAUUGAAACGUGUUAAUGGCUUUCAACAUCUUUGUUCACUGGAACGUCUGUGGCUGUGCCACAACGACCUGCACAAGGUCGACGAUAUGGCAAGCAUAGCACAGGCUUUUAAUAUUAUCGAAAUAACCAUAGAAAAUAACCCCGUAUCACUGGCCGGAGAUUGUGUAUCGUUUUUGGUCAGUCAUUUGCCAAAACUGCAGAGCCUAAGUCAAAUGCCUAUAACGGAACAGGUACGCCAGGCCGCCAUGACCUGGCGCAGUAAUAAAGAACUAUCCCAGCAGAGCAAUCAACAGGGCAAUAAGGAAGCUUUCAAUUUGAUAAGGCGUGAAGAAAUCAUCUCCAAUGCCCGCACCAACUGGGAAUUGCUCAGAUCGCAGCAGUUUUUGCAAACUUCCCAUGUGACCGCCAAUAAUGUCACACCCGCUGGCAACAAAUUAAAAGGUCCCAAACGCAACAACAUGGAAUUGGAAAAGAUCAAUGAAACCAAUGAGCAGAGUUAUGAAGAAUUUCUAAAACUACCACCCAUAGAGGCAGCCGUGACCAGCGAGGACAAACAACAGACACGAGAAGAACAUAAUUCAUCCACAGCCUCAAGCUUGGGACCCAAUGUCAACUCUUCCUCCAGUUGCUAUACAUCAGCCGAUGAACAGGAUGCCGAAGAAGAUUUGAGAGAUAAGACGUCAACUCAAAAUUCUCCAAUGACAACAGUAUCAUCGACAAAUGCACCAGAAGAUCAAUUGAAAACUGACCAAACGGCCAGCUCGUGCACUCCCACUCUGACAAUAGAAUUUCCCUUAGACUCCUCAAAUGACAGCAGAAUGUCACAGCAUCAAAGCCCAAAUUCAAAUCAAACAUCCCUAAUAAAUGCAAAUCUAUCGGCAUCCUCAUCAAACACCUCAACGGCAUUGAUGACCACUACACCGCCAUUGCCCAAGACAACAACAUCCACGACUGGAGCAAUAACGGCUGGUGCGAGCAAACGCUAUGUACCCAGCUCCUUAAUGAGAUCCCAGACAAUUGUGGGUACAGGUGGAUUCAAUGGAGGAUAUGCGAUUAAAGCAAAUGUCAAUACGAACAGCAACAACAACCACAGCAACAGCAAAAUCUCAGUCAACACCACCACAACAGUGACCGCCAAUAACAUCAACAUUUUACGCUAUCACUCGGCUAAACUGAAUCCGGCUAGUUCAGCCGCCCAGCAACAGGCGGCAGCAGCAACAACGGCAACGACAACAUGUGCGCCUCAGCACUAUGCAACACCACCACACCACAUAAUACCAUCAACAUCCGUACAUGACGAUAGUCCAGCGAGCUGCAACAACUCAACAGCAACAACAACAACGGUCAAUGCCAAUAAGCUAAGCACCAUGAGUAUAGGGAACACAAGCGUACCAGCAACAAUAUCCUCUGCAUGCACAAAUCCAAAUGCCACUGGACCUGCUGCGACAUCAUCGAAACUCACUGCCAUUGAACGUGAACGUGAGCAAGGCGGUGACUAUUUGAUUGAGAUUUGUGGUCGUUAUCUCAACAUUUAUGGCCAAGGCGCCUUACGUUUUAUCGACAAACAAUGGAAUCCCACAAAAGCCAAUGAUGUUCAUACCUUAAAUUUCAGCUACAUCAAUUUCAAUAACAUCACCGCCAUAUUGUCACGCAUCAAGAUACGUUUUCCGCAUGCCGAACAUUUUGUGUUCCGUGAAACGAACAUCCACUGUCUGGGCCAAUUAAAUGCGCUGGCCGAAUUGCAGGGUCUUACCUCGCUCUAUAUCGACCCGGAGGGCAACCCGCUGACCAAUAAAGAAUUCUGGCGCCAAUAUGCCAUUUAUCGCCUAUCCCAUUGGGGCCUCAAAACGCUAAAUGGUCUUGAAGUAACAGCGGAAGAUGUCGACCAGGCCAACAGCAUUUAUGUUGGUCUUUCCGAUUUAAUACUCUGGUCGAUGCCAGAUGCAAUGCUGCAUCCUUUGUUGGCACGUUUGCGUUUGGAUGAAUCCUGUUCGGCUAGUAAAAUGCUGCCCAAACAGUGGCUACUGAAGCCGGAUAACCGGUCUCUGCGUUUAGUUGUGGGCAAGGAGGCGCUACAAUGGAAAAAGUCACAUCAUUCGAAUCACCACCUGCAGCAGCAUCAACAACAAAACCACCUGCACCAGCAAGAGCCACACACGCUGCCCACGCCGCAGCAGGUCAGACAAUUACAAUUGCAGUUUCUUCAGGCAACAACAGCCAGUGAUUUCAAUCAACACUCAUUAUUAAUGCCAUCAUUAUCAUCGUCGCUGUCAUCGCUAUCACCCUGGUUUACACAAUCCACUACCUCAUUAUCCGGCUCAUUAUCUUCCCCAGCUAACUCGGGUCCAUCCUUAUCAUCGGCGUCACACUUGGCAGCGCUAACACAACGAGAACGUGGCAAAAUCCAUUUCACCAUAAUAAUGGAAAAUACCUGCCAUGCCGUGGAGAAACUACACCGACUGGAACAGUUAUGGCCGAUGAUUCUAUUGAAUAUUGUACGCAACACCUUAUUAGACUAUGCACAAUUGGACGUGUAUAUUCGUGAUUUGAUGACCGAAAUAAUGAAGUGAAUGCAUUUAAGAAGAAUUUUAAGUUUAAAUUGCAUCCAAGCUGAAAUUGUAUGUAUUUACAUACAUUUACAUUAAAAUUUCAAACUGAUUAGGUAAAAAUGUAAUAAAUUAUUUGUUGUGCCAGUGCAAAAUGAAUAGUAAAUAUAAAAAAUGAAUAUUUCAAAACAGGUGGUUGAGUUUGCUAGAACUUUCAACAUUUUCAAGAGAAAUUUCUUUCAGCAAAAUCAAGCAACUCUUAUUAAAACAGCCUUGUCUGUUAAAUAUCCACUAAAAUUUGGAUACACAUAAACAUGUCCUAUUUAGACAUUAUUCACAAUCAAGAGUGGACAGAAAUACCCAGAAUUAAAAAUAAACUUUAGUAGUGAGGUAUGAUUUAUGCAUGGCAGAAUUAUACAAGGUAAUAGGUGUGUCUGGUUACUUUUCCAGCAGGAAUUGUCCAGCAACUUCUUUCUGAGAGAGUAAGGUAGUUUUAUUCUCUUUUGCAAGGAAAAUGCGAAAAGUAAACAGACGCUAUUCCUGCAGAAGCUUGCAACUAAUCAGCUGAUUUGUCAAAACAAACCAAUUUGUCCCCCAUAAGGAGAAUUAAAACAAAGGAACCAAUACUAAUUUUACAAGUUUUUUAAAUAAAAAUGUUGGAAAUAGUCUUUUAUUUUCUUAUUACAUAUUAA